AAUGAUGAUAAAAAGUGAAAUUUCAAAUUAAGUAUUUUACCAGGAAAACAAUAAUAAUAUUUUUAAUAAAAAAGUCACAAAAUGGUUUUGGCCGAUUUGGGCCGUAAGAUCACUUCGGCCCUUCGGGGUCUGAACAAUGCGAGCAUCAUCAAUGAAGAGGUUUGAAUAUUAUUAUACUGUAUUUUUGGAAAUAUAAUUAAAAUUAAUUCAUUGUUUCAAGGUGUUGAAUUCCAUGCUGAAAGACAUCUGUGCUGCACUUUUGGAAGCCAAUGUUAAUGUAAUGCUGGUAAAAAAGCUUAGAGAAAAUGUACGUAAUGUCAUUGAUUUUGAUGAAAUGGCUGGUGGCCUGAACAAGAGACGUAUGAUACAGAGUGCUGUUUUUAAAGAAUUAGUGAAAGUAUAAUACUCUAUAAUUUUUAUUAUUUCAAUUGAAUCUUUGAGCAUGAUUUAUUUUCAGUUAGUUGAUCCUGGUGUCAAAUCUUAUCAGCCUGUUAAAGGCCGACCAAAUAUAAUUAUGUUUGUUGGUUUGCAAGGUUCUGGUAAAACAACUACGUGUACUAAAUUAGCAUAUUACUAUCUAAAAAAAAAUUGGAAAACAUGUCUUGUAUGUGCCGAUACUUUUCGAGCUGGAGCAUAUGAUCAGUUAAAACAGAACGCUACUAAAGCACAAAUACCAUUUUAUGGAAGGUAUGUAAAAUAAUCAUAACUACUGUUUAUUUAUUUCAGUUUAAUAAGUAUUGAUACUUGUUUAUUUUUUAUUGUGUAUUAUGUUAGUUUUUAAAACUAGUAGUUAUACUUUUACAUGGAUUAAGUAAAAUUUACUUAGUAUCUAACUUUUUUUAUUGAAAUUAAUAUUUUUAAUUUACAUUACAAAUAUGCUAUUACUUGGAGUUUCUAUUAAGAGUUGUUUAGAAGAGUUAAAUUUUCUUUUAAAAUUCAAAAUUGUAGAAUUUUUAAACUUUGAAACUUGGUACUUGGUACUUUUAUAAUGAAUAAUAAUGAAUAAUAAUUGUAAAGAAAAAUACAAAUUAAUUUUAUGUGUAAUUCAAAUAAUUAAUAGUUAUUAGGUAUACAAUCAGUUUAAAAAUUGUCAAUAUUUCUUUAUAAAUUAUUGUUUAUUAUAAUUAUUGUUCAGUUACACAGAAUUUGAUCCAGUUGUGAUAGCUCAAGAUGGUGUAGAUAUGUUCAAAAAAGAAGGUUUCGAAAUAAUAGUGGUGGAUACCAGUGGACGACAUAAACAAGAAGCUUCCUUAUUUGAAGAGAUGUUACAAGUGUCAAAUACUAUUGUAAGGAACUUACAAUAUAAAUUUUAUUCAAAUUUACUGUACAUUUAAUAAUUAUUUUCAGAAACCAGAUAACAUUGUGUUUGUUAUGGAUGCAACAAUUGGUCAAGCUUGUGAAGGGCAAGCACGUGCUUUCAAAGAAAAAGUCAAUAUUGGUUCUGUUGUGAUUACUAAGCUUGAUGGCCAUGCUAAGGGAGGAGGAGCACUAAGCGCGUAAAUGUUUUAACAUAACCACUACUCUAUUAAUUUACUAGCUAUCUGUCCCGAUUAGGUUAGGGCAACAUGGCAAUUUUCUUUUUAGCAUAAUUUUUCUGGUUUUGACCUUGUCAGGGUUGAAUGAAAACAUAUAGGUUAAAAGUUGGUAGUCCACUUUUGGAGGACUAAAAGUGUUAUGUUGUGAUAUUUUUUUAUGAUUUUCAUACCAAAAAUAUCAAACUGAUUUUUUUUUUUUAGGGGCGGGAGGGACAGAUUUCAAAGGAAGUAAAGCCUAACCUAACCUCUCAGGAACUGGAGUGCUUGACAGUGGGUUAAUGUGUUUACUGUAUCAUAGUUGUCUCUCAUAAAUGGGACUUCAUUCCUUUUAUACUUUUAUGUUCGCAUUUGCCUACAAUUUAUAUAAACAUAGUAAACUUUUCAACAUAAAAUAUCUAUAUGUAUAAAAAAUAAAUCAUUAUUUUGUUGGUAACGCCAUAACUUGUAUACCAUCUAAAUUUUCAACUUUUCUUGUAGAUUUUUAAAAAAUCUCACCCAACUUUUAUUUUUUUCAUCAAUUUGCUGUUGUUAUGGAAACAUGUUACAGUGGAGCUGGACUUCAUUUAUAAAAUUAUUUUUGUUGAUUUAAAUUGGUAAUAUAAAUGAAAUAAAAAAAAGUAUUGAAAUUUUUAUACAAAAAUUACCAUCAAAAUUUAUGACUUUUCCUAAAAUUUUCUUUCAUAUAAACCUUAUCCUGACAUUAAUGAACACAACAAUAAAAAAAAUAAAUAGUUAAAUUGGUCCAUUAAUUUUCAAGUAAUGGCAUCACCAACAAAAUAUUGAUUCAUUUAUUUAUAUAUACAGUGAGUGUAAAAAGUAUUCAUACACCUUAAAUUUUUAAAUAAAUAUUCAUAUUUCUUUUGGUUUCAAAAUCAACAUUUUACAUCAAACUAGACUUUAGUAAUAUUGGAAUUAUAAAAACAUAUUUUUUGAGAAAAAUCAUUAUGCUGUUGUACACUGAUCUGGCAACUACAGUGAUAUCCGUAUUGCCUACAGAUCAGGGUAGUAACCUAUUACACAGUACAGUAUAAAAUAUGUAUUAUACAUACAUAUUAAUCAUAUUAUAUUAAACCCUUAAUUUUACAUGGUUUAUAUUUAUAUAUUUGGUGGAAAUUACUUGUGUAUCAACAUAAAUCUUAUAUACUUAAUAAUGUACUGUGUACUAUUGUAAUAAUUUUAUAAAAUUAACUUUACCUUUAGGGGUUGAAUAUGGGUUAAAAAAGUAACUUAUAUUACUUAGAGCAUUAUUUUCUAUUUAUUUUAUUUUAUUUUUAUCAUCAAUUUUUAAAGGCCAAUUGUUGUCGGUGAAGUCACUUCUCUUUAUCCUUUGCACCUCCUUCAUUUUGUGGAAAGAUCAUCAGUUCAUUAAAUCUUGUAAACUUCUAAAUAUCUUUUUCUCAGUUUUCAUCUUGUUUCUUUUCUUUCUAUUUUUGCUUCAAAUAUGUUAUUGAUAAAGUCAUUGUGUUGAACUACAUGACCUAUUAACUUGAUUUUUCUUGUUGGUAUUGAUUCCAUUAAUUGUCUUCUUUCUUGGAUUGCUUUCAAUACUUGUUAUUCUUCUCCACAUCUAUAUUUAAGUUGCAUCUAACUUGUUCCUCUCCUUUUCCUCUAUUGUCGUGGUUUUGCUUCCGUAAGUAUGUAGGUAUAACCCAAAUAAAAGAUUUAAUACAUUUUUUGCAAAUAUUGAUGUUUAGAUGUUGAUUUGUCAGAAGUUGACAUAUGCUUUAGAAAGCUUGUUUAACUAAUGCUGUUAUUUUGAUUUUCAAGUAGUUAUUUAAUUAAUAUAGUAAUACAAAAACUACUAAAAAUUGCAUUUACCAAUUGAUAUUUACAUUUUAUAUUUAUUAAAAAAAAUAAAAGGUUUAGAUGGAAAUAUUGUUUAUUAAAUAUCAAAUUUUAAAAAAUUGUACAAUUACUUAUAAUAUUAUCAUCCAGGUUAAAGGUUGAUCUGUACUUGUACCUAAUAUAAUUAAUUUUUAACUUUUGAAUAUAUAAUGUAUAUCAUGGUUUAAUAGGUUUUUAAUAAUUUCUAUUUCAAAAAUAAAAAAAAUUACUGAUGAAAUUUGUCAUUUGUUAAUUAGUGUGGCAGCUACAAAAAGUCCAAUUAUCUUCAUUGGUACUGGUGAACAUAUAGAUGAUUUUGAACCAUUCAAAACAAAGCCAUUUGUAUCCAAACUGCUUGGUAUGGGUGACAUUGAAGGACUUAUUGAUAAAGUUAAUGAGUUAAAACUUGAAGAUAACGAAGAGUUAAUAGAAAAAAUAAAACAUGGACAGUUUACAAUUAGAGAUAUGUAUGAGCAAUUUCAAAAUAUUAUGAAAAUGGGUCCAUUUUCUCAAAUUAUGGUAAAUCUUUAGUUAUUCUCAAUUUUGUUUUACGAAUAAAUGUGUUAUUAAUGUAAGUUAUGUAUUUAUGUUCUAGGGCAUGAUACCUGGGUUUAGUCAAGAUUUCUUAUCUAAAGGUAGUGAAAUGGAAUCAAUGGCUCGUUUAAAAAAACUUAUGACAAUCAUGGAUAGUAUGAAUGAUGGAGGUAAGUUAUUUUAGUACAAUCAAAUUUAAAAUCGUAAACCUAAUUAGGUAGCAAUAAAUAGAAACAUAUAUGUUUUAUAGAAUUAGAUCAUAGAGAUGGUGCAAAGUUAUUUACAAAACAACCUGGUCGUAUCAUAAGGGUGUCACAGGGAUCUGGUGUAACAGAACGCGAAGUUCGAGAGCUUAUAUCACAAUAUACAAAAUUUGCUGGUGUUGUGAAAAAAAUGGGCGGUAUUAAGGGACUAUUUAAGAGUGGUGAUAUGUCUAAAAAUGUCAAUCCAUCACAAAUGGCAAAGCUCAAUCAACAAAUUACAAAAAUGAUGGAUCCCAGAGUUUUGCAGCAAAUUGGUAUGUUUAAUUAUAAUAGGUAAUAAAUAAUAAAAAUAUAAAUGAAAAAAAAAAUUGAGUUUGUUUUCUUAUUAAAUAUAUUUAUUACUAUUUAUUUUGUUGAUAAAAAUUGAUUUUAGAUAUUUUAUUUAGAUUUAAACAGAACUAUAGUUAUAGAAGUAUAGAUAAAUUUAUUUCUUUUAAUUAAUAAUUACCCAUUUUAGGUGGCAUGCCUGGACUGCAAAACGUUAUGAGACAGUUACAACAAGGUGCUGGAGGAGGUCUUGGUAAUUUAAUGGGUGGAUUAGGCAAAUAAAUUAAAUGGUGAAUUAUAUCUUUUUUUUUCAAAAUAUUUUUGUACUCUUUUUAUUUAUGUAAAAAUUAUGAUAACAAAUUGUCUUGUUCAUCUAACUAUGUAAGUUGUGUAGCUCUGUUUGGUAAUUGCCAUGCAGGUACUACUAAUUCCGAAGAAGUAUGAACUUCAAAAUUAAUUCAUUGCAAAUGUUUGAAAGCAAUUUAUUUGUAAUCUUUUUGUAAAAAGAAAAAGUAUUGUUAUUUGAUUUGUUUUUUUUUAAUUAUUUUAAUAGAAUCAAUCUAAGCAUAAUAUUAUGCUUUAGUUAAGAAAUACAAUCAGGUUUUCUAAAAAAAAAAAAAAAAAAAAAAAAACAUUAACUAAUAUUAGACAAAAUAGAUUUAAUAAUAAAUUCCAAAAUUUAUCUUGACUUAAAAAUCUUAGGAUUUGAAAGUACCUACAUAAUAAUAUAUUAUGCAGUUUCAUUUUGUAUCAUAAUUUGUAAUUUUAUAAAUAAAUAUUAAACUUAUUUUAGACUGAGAAUAAUGAAAAAUAUAUUGGUUUUACUGGUAUGACUUUUUUACUCAGAUAAAUAGAAUUGUCUAUAAUAUCAAACUUGAAAAUUUAAAAUGGCAAUAAAAUUGUCUGCAAAAAUUUCAUAUAUCUAUGAUUAUUUAAACCAAAUUAUUACAAAAAAACAAAAUUUAAAAUAAUUAAACCGUUAAUUUUUAAACUUUCCUGAUGUAAUAACUGGGUAAUUUGAAGGGUACAUAUAGGAUAUGGGGUAAUUUAAUCUAUAUUUAUACUGAAAUCAACAAUAUAUAUCAUCAGCCUAUAGCAAAAAUGUACUAACUAUAAAUUUAACAAUUUUCAGAUUUAGUGCCAUCUAGUGUAAAAUUAUUGCUCUAAACUAUGAAAGAGACAUUAAAAUUAGUUUUUCCAAUAAUUUUAACUUUUUACUCACUAUUUUAAAAAUUCACACUGUUAAAUACCUAAUUUAAAAAAGUAAGAACUUACUAUCAUGUUAGUUUCUAUGUUUAAAAAAAUAAAUAUUUUUAGUAUGAAAAUGUAUUAUUGACCAUUUUUCAGUUUUUAUUAUUUAUAAGUUUAUUUUGUUUAUUGUAUACUAUUAGUAAAAUUAGAUAAUAUUUAUUAUUUUUAAGUAAUAUUUUGUGGAAGUACAUAGAGUAAUAAGAAUCCCUAAAAGACACGUAUAAGUUUUUAAAAUUCAAGACCUUUCUAUAAUUUUUAAGUUUGCAAAAUCAAAAAUAAAUCGUAAAAAAAAACAGAGCUUCAUAAAGGAGUAUGAAUUGUCAUGUAAAGAUUGUCUCAAUUCCUAAAAGCUACAAAAAAUAUUUAAACAAAUAAAUAUUAGUGUCAAUAAUAAAAAAUUAAAACUUUUGAAUACACUAAAUCAGAUUCAUAUUUUAUAGUUGCUGGAUUUUGAAAUCCUUGAACUGGGAC